GCGGGACCGGAGCGCGAGGAGCCGGACUGCGGGCCGGGCGGCGGCGGCAUGAGCCGGCCCCCGCCGACGGGGAAAAUGCCCGGCGCCCCCGAGGCCGUGCCGGGGGACGCGGCCGGCGCGGGCCGCCAGAGGAAGCUGGAGGCGCUGAUCCGAGACCCUCGCUCCCCUAUCAACGUGGAGAGCUUGCUGGAUGGCUUAAAUUCCUUGGUCCUUGAUUUGGAUUUUCCUGCUUUGAGGAAAAAUAAGAAUAUAGAUAAUUUCUUAAAUAGAUAUGAGAAAAUUGUGAAAAAAAUCAGAGGUCUACAGAUGAAAGCAGAAGAUUAUGAUGUUGUAAAAGUUAUUGGAAGAGGAGCAUUUGGGGAAGUCCAGUUGGUUCGUCAUAAGGCAUCACAGAAGGUUUAUGCUAUGAAGCUUCUUAGCAAGUUUGAAAUGAUAAAAAGAUCGGAUUCUGCUUUCUUCUGGGAAGAAAGAGAUAUUAUGGCCUUUGCCAAUAGUCCCUGGGUGGUUCAGCUCUUUUGUGCCUUUCAAGAUGAUAGAUAUCUGUACAUGGUAAUGGAAUACAUGCCUGGUGGAGACCUUGUAAACCUUAUGAGUAAUUAUGAUGUGCCUGAAAAGUGGGCCAAAUUUUACACUGCUGAAGUUGUUCUUGCUCUGGACGCAAUACACUCCAUGGGUUUAAUACACAGAGAUGUGAAGCCUGACAACAUGCUUUUGGAUAAACAUGGACAUCUAAAAUUAGCAGAUUUUGGCACAUGUAUGAAGAUGGAUGAAACAGGCAUGGUACAUUGUGAUACAGCAGUUGGGACACCUGAUUAUAUAUCACCCGAGGUUCUGAAAUCACAAGGGGGUGAUGGUUAUUAUGGGAGAGAAUGUGAUUGGUGGUCUGUUGGUGUUUUCCUUUUUGAGAUGCUAGUAGGUGAGUAAAUAUUUUAAGUUGUUCUUUUUUCAAAACUCUUUCGUAACACUUUAGUUCAGUCAAGGAUUUGGAAAUAUAAGGAARUGGCAUGUGUCCUAGGGAAGACUGAAAUUUCUGGAAAUUUUGAUUUAGUAUCUUUAACUGCAUUGUUUAGGGAGGUACGACUUGGGAGAAAUGGGGUAGAAGAAAUCAAACAGCAUCCUUUCUUUAAGAAUGAUCAAUGGAAUUGGGAUAACAUAAGAGAGACGGCAGCUCCUGUAGUACCUGAACUCAGCAGUGACAUAGACAGCAGCAAUUUUGAUGACAUCGAAGAUGAUAAAGGAGAUGUAGAAACCUUCCCAAUUCCUAAAGCUUUUGUGGGAAAUCAGCUGCCUUUCAUAGGAUUUACCUACUAUAGGGAAAAUCUGUUAUUAAGUGACUCUCCAUCUUGUAGAGAAAAUGAUUUGGUGCAAUCAAGGAAAAAUGAAGAAAGCCAAGAGAUUCAGAAGAAACUAUAUACAUUAGAAGAACACCUCAACACUGAGAUACAAGCCAAAGAAGAGUUAGAACAGAAGUGCAAAUCUAUUAAUACUCGUCUAGAGAAAACAGCAAAGGAACUAGAAGAAGAGAGUUCUGUUAAUACCAUGGUAAUAUUUAACAGCUUAAAAGAUCAACUUGAAGAUUUGAAAAAAAGAAAUCAGAACUCUCAAAUAUCUACCGAGAAAGUGAAUCAACUUCAGAGACAGCUGGAUGAAACCAAUGCUUUGCUGCGAACAGAAUCUGAUACUGCGGCUCGAUUAAGAAAAACCCAGGCAGAAAGUUCCAAACAGAUUCAGCAGCUAGAGUCCAACAACAGAGAUCUACAAGAUAAAAACUGCCUGCUGGAAACUGCUAAGUUAAAACUUGAAAAAGAAUUUAUCAAUCUUCAGUCAGCUCUAGAAUCUGAAAGAAGGGACCGAACCCAUGGAUCUGAGAUAAUUAAUGAUUUACAAGGUAGAAUAUCUGGUCUAGAAGAAGAUUUAAAGAGUGGCAAAAUCUUACUAGCAAAAAUAGAGCUGGAAAAGAGACAACUGCAGGAGAAAUUUACUGAUUUGGAGAAGGAAAAGAGCAACAUGGAAAUAGAUAUGACAUACCAACUAAAAGUUAUGCAACAGAGCUUGGAACAAGAAGAGGCUGAACACAAGACUACAAAAGCACGGCUAGCAGAUAAAAAUAAGAUCUAUGAAUCCAUCGAAGAAGCUAAAUCAGAAGCCAUGAAAGAAAUGGAGAAGAAGCUUUUGGAAGAAAGGACUUUAAAACAGAAAGUAGAGAACCUAUUGCUGGAGGCUGAGAAAAGAUGCUCUUUAUUGGAUUGUGACCUCAAACAAUCACAGCAGAAACUAAAUGAGCUCCUUAAACAGAAAGAUGUGCUAAAUGAGGAUGUUAGAAACUUGACAUUAAAAAUAGAGCAGGAAACUCAGAAGCGCUGUCUUACACAAAAUGACCUGAAGAUGCAAACGCAGCAAGUUAACACACUAAAAAUGUCAGAAAAGCAGUUAAAACAAGAGAAUAAUCAUCUCAUGGAAAUGAAAAUGAGCUUGGAAAAACAAAAUGCGGAACUUCGAAAAGAACGUCAGGAUGCCGAUGGGCAGAUGAAAGAGCUCCAAGAUCAACUUGAAGCUGAACAGUAUUUCUCAACCCUGUAUAAAACACAAGUUAGGGAACUUAAAGAAGAAUGUGAAGAAAAGACCAAACUUUGUAAAGAAUUACAGCAGAAGAAACAGGAAUUACAGGAUGAAAGGGAUUCCUUGGCUGCCCAGCUGGAGAUCACCUUGACCAAAGCAGAUUCUGAGCAGCUGGCUCGUUCAAUUGCUGAAGAACAGUAUUCAGAUUUGGAGAAAGAGAAAAUCAUGAAAGAACUGGAGAUCAAAGAGAUGAUGGCUAGACACAAACAGGAGCUUACUGAAAAAGAUGCUACAAUUGCAUCUCUUGAAGAAACUAAUAGGACACUUACUAGUGACGUUGCCAAUCUUGCGAAUGAAAAAGAAGAAUUAAAUAACAAACUGAAAGAAGCUCAAGAGCAACUAUCAAGGUUGAAAGAUGAAGAGAUAAGUGCAGCAGCCAUCAAGGCACAGUUUGAGAAACAGCUAUUAACAGAGAGAACACUCAAGACUCAAGCUGUGAAUAAAUUGGCUGAGAUCAUGAAUCGAAAAGAACCUGUCAAGCGUGGGAAUGACACAGAUGUGCGAAGAAAAGAGAAGGAGAAUAGAAAGCUACAUAUGGAACUUAAAUCUGAACGUGAAAAGUUGACCCAACAGAUGAUCAAGUAUCAGAAAGAACUAAAUGAAAUGCAGGCUCAAAUAGCUGAAGAGAGCCAAAUUCGAAUUGAACUGCAGAUGACACUGGACAGUAAAGACAGUGACAUUGAGCAGCUACGAUCACAGCUGCAGGCCUUGCAUAUUGGUCUGGAUAGUUCCAGUAUAGGCAGUGGACCAGGGGAGGCUGAGGCAGAUGAUGGAUUUCCAGAAUCAAGGUUAGAAGGAUGGCUUUCCUUGCCUGUUCGAAACAACACUAAGAAAUUUGGAUGGGUUAAAAAGUAUGUGAUUGUAAGCAGUAAGAAGAUUCUUUUCUAUGACAGCGAACAAGAUAAAGAACAAUCUAAUCCUUACAUGGUUUUAGAUAUAGACAAGUUAUUUCAUGUCCGACCAGUUACACAGACAGAUGUAUACAGAGCAGAUGCUAAAGAAAUUCCAAGGAUAUUCCAGAUUCUGUAUGCCAAUGAAGGAGAAAGUAAAAAGGAACAAGAAUUUCCCGUGGACCCAGUGGGAGAAAAAUCUAAUUAUAUUUGUCACAAAGGGCAUGAAUUUAUUCCUACUCUUUAUCAUUUCCCAACCAACUGUGAGGCUUGUAUGAAGCCGCUGUGGCACAUGUUUAAGCCCCCUCCUGCUUUAGAGUGUCGCCGUUGCCAUAUUAAAUGUCAUAAAGAUCACAUGGACAAAAAGGAGGAAAUUAUAGCACCUUGCAAAGUGUAUUAUGAUAUAUCAACGGCAAAGAAUCUAUUGUUAUUAGCAAAUUCUACAGAAGAGCAGCAGAAGUGGGUUAGUCGGUUGGUCAAAAAGAUACCUAAAAAGCCCCCCGCUCCAGACCCUUUUGCACGGUCAUCUCCUAGAACUUCAAUGAAGAUCCAACAAAACCAGUCUAUCAGACGGCCAAGUCGACAGCUUGCCCCAAACAAACCAAGAUUGCUUGAUUUGGCAUUUAAAGACUGGGAUUGGUCAUUUGAUGAUGUUGAUGAUGGUGAUGAUGAUGACGAUGUUUUUGAUUUCUGAAGAAAUAAAUGGGCUAACUGCCUUCUAUGAAAGCAGUCAUUCAAGGUGAUCAUAUUCUUCCAGUUAAAAUAAGACUGAAAUAUGAUGACCUAAAAUUUAUUAAAAAUCUGUAUUUUCCAGAGAGACUGAUGUAUACACAUACAUAUAUGUGUUUCCUUUUUCCUGUAAUAUCAAUGACAAGUCUUGGAGAGGUUUUCCUAGCUUCUUUCAAACAAGUUGAACCAACAGCAGUUGGUUAAUAGAAUAAGGAUAUCAUCUGCAACUCUCCCAAACUUGUUUCAUAAAGCUCUCUUGGCAGUCACUCACACUACAUUGCACAGAAGAAUUGAGAAGAGUUAAAUAUUGAAGAAAUCAUCUUUUCAGCUUUGAUAGAGAGAUUUCACCAGCACAUUUGCCAGAAGAACCUGGGAAUGGAUUCCACUACAGUGAUAUUGACUGCAUCUUUAAGAUGUGACCAUGAUACUGUGUGUGUAUGUAUGUGCACACACACAUAUAGUACUGUAAUACUGCAAGAGGGUUUUUUWAACUCCCCAUUUUAUUUUUUUAUACACAUUAAUCAGAUAUCAUUAUUUCAGCUGCAACUAUGCACUUGUAUAAAGCCAUAAUGUGGAGUUGAUUCACUUUCCCCUGCACAUAAUGGAAGCUGCAUGUUCAUGUUUAAACAGUUGCUGUAAUAAGAAGUUUGAAGUUAAUUAUAUCAGUUUCCUAAUGCUUCAUGAUAGAGAACUUUACCCAUUUUGAAUGCCUUAAUUUAAUUUUUUUUCAAAGUCUCAUCCCUUCUGUAUUUAAGAAAAAAAGAACAAGUGUUUACCAGCUCUUAGGAUGCAAAGUUGCUUAGGGUAAAAAAAAAAAAAAAAAAAGUGCACUAUUUUUACACAUAGUAGUUCUAUCAGUGUCAGCCUAUUUUGAUUGUAUAACAAUUUUUUUAAUGUAUUGGUCUUAGAAACAAUAAUGGCUAGUAUUGGAACUAAUAUAUCUUUGUUGUAUAUCUUUAUUCAUCUAUCCCUUUCUACAGACCUCAGUAUUAGUCUGUGACUACAAAAUGUUCUCUUUGCUUUGAACUUACUGGCCACCUUAGAUGUGUUUUUAUUUCUGGUAAAGACAUUUGUGACUAUUUUUACAUUUUCACACUCAAGAUUUAAAAAUUGUCUCAGAUAUAAAGAAAACUAGGAUAUACUGUAGAUAUAUUUUAAAUAUUUAAAUGUGAUCCUCAAACACACAACUGGGUCUGGUGGUAUCUCAGUAUUGGGUUAAGAAAAUCACUGACUKGGGGGAAGCAGCCUCAAAGGCACCCGAUUAAAUUUUUAUUUUUAAAAUGUUCUCAAGACUAAAAUUUAUGCAGGACCAUUCCUGCUGUGUUUCUCAUUAUCCCAGAUAAGUAUGUUUUGUACUGCAACAGUAUGCAGCAAUGGUAGGCAUCAAGUUUUUAAAAAAAUCAGUCUUUUAUCAGGCUCUCCUGUGUACACACACAGAGUUUGGUAUGAUCGAAAUGUAUCAUCCAGUAUUUCAAUGAAGGAAGUAGACAUUUCUCAUUGCUUCCCUCUGGGGUUAAUGCAGAGGUGUCUGAAGAGUUGAGUCCCCAUUAUAGAUACUUUUGUGGGAGUUACAGAGUGCACUUUGGCCUACUGAUAUUCUGAGCUGUUCUCACGCUGUUGGCUCUGCGCUCUUCCCUGCUUCUGUGCUAACACUCGACGUGCUGCCACUUCCCUCACAGGUGCAUCCUGCAGUGCUGGCUGGGACACAGCUUGCUUUUUUUGUUUUUUUAAAGAUUAAAAUGAAAAAUAUAUAAAAUUUAUAUAGAAGAAAUAUUUCCAUUCACUAGAGUUGUUAAAAGGAGACGGAAUUAAUAUUUUAUAUAAAGAUUUUGUUACACUAUGGGAGGUUCUAUCCUAUUAUUCUGAAUUGGAGAGUAUAUAUAUAUAUUUUUAAUAAACUUUAUUAAGGUGAAAUAAUUUCAAGUUUACACRAGUAAUUGAAGUAUCUGAGUAAAAAGCAAAAGUUUGAAUUUUGAAUGCUGUACGUGUAUAUGUAUAUACAUAUAUGCAUAUGUAUAUAUAUAUGAACAGGGAGAAUCAUGGUGUGAUACAACUGUACAAGAAAAAUUAAUGUGAAGUAUUUAGGGGAAAAGAUUUUCUGAGGGGUGAGAAAAAAAUCUCUCCCAUGGAGAUUCUUCACAUUAUAUGGUUUGAUAAAAGAUUUAUAAGGUUGUUUGUCCAACUAAUGGAAAUGUGCUUAAUAAAAAAUUCUGACCUUGGGUGAGAAUUUGCUUUUUCCCCAGUUGCCACCUUCAUGUACACAUCUGUCCACAUUUUCUUCCCAACACUUGGUAAAUAUGAAACAACCUGAUUUUGUGCCAGUUUCUUUUUCUUGAGGUUCCAGAAUUUCUAUAUUUAUAAGACCAAAUUCUGUUUAUUUCUUCACACCUGAUUUCUCCUAGAGCCACGAAUACCUCCUAUGGGAACUAAGAAAGAGUGAAUACUGGGAUUUUCUUAGUUUAAUUUUUUUUACUUUUGUGGGGAUAGCGAGACAGAAGUAAAACUAGUGCCGGUAUUACUGUUGAAGAUUAAUGUAUAAUGAAYUUUUUUAAGUAUUAAUUUUUUAAGACCUAUCUAGAAGCAAGAUUUUUUAAAAAAAUCUGAAAGUUUAAAAUGCUGUAGCUGACUAAUGGGUAGCACCUGAUGGGCAUGGGAACCAGUGAGCGCUUUUGGAACUGCAGCAGUGCCGGGGUCCAGGACGCGCCUCUGCGGGGCUGCUGGGCCUCAGUCAGUACAUGGAUCCUACCCGGGAAGCCCUAGGCCACCACGCGCAGUUUCACAAGUCCUGCUGCUGCUGCUGGUCCUUCUCAUAGGGUUCUGAGGGGAGAGCAGACACUCAGACACUACACUCACCUUAGAGAAGGCUCUGAGUAGGUGUCUAAAACCCCUCAGCACACCACUGAGCCUCUCAGUCCACGGUGACACUGCUACUGACUCGUUCCCUCGCCUGGCAGAGGCUUCAGCUCCCCUAGCUUGUGAAGGUGCCUGGGCCCUAAAGCACUUUGAAGAGCACUGUGUGACAGUGCGGGUGUCACGGCUGGGGCCUCGCCUGAUUCCCUUCCCCCGGGAUGACUUAUGUUUGGGAUUGUAAUAAGUUAUGAACUGCAUGGUUUAGAUAAUCAUAAAUAGCUGAUCAACUGUCCCCAUGAACAAAAAUCGUGCCCCCUUGAUUUUUUUUUUAAUUUUAUUGCAUCUUUGUAGAAAUGUAAUUGUAUUUUAUGCCUGCUUUUUAUAAAAAAAUAAAUAAAAGAAAUGAAGAUGUAA